CCACCCAGGGCCCUUCUUUAUGUUACAGAAUGUUCUGGGCAGCCUCCUGGUCUUCGCCGCCUUUGUGACCUUCUGCAAUGCACAGUGCUAUACCAUACGCAAGGAAGUAACUCCAAAUGAUUUAUCCACUGGGUGCAAGGAUAAGGAAGGAGUCGUACACCCACUGAAGUCAAAGUGGAAGACCGAGAACUGUGAGCAAUGUUCUUGCGGCCAUUAUGGGAUUCACUGUUGCAAUACUGUUCCUAUACCUGUGGGUUAUGAUGAAGUCAAGUGUCAGAAAAUCUUCAACAAGGAGACCUGCAGCAAUACUGUGGUGGAGCGGAAGAACCCGGAAAAGACCUGCCCUGUCAAUGGAUGGGUAUUGUAAUGCGAUUCUUGUGGACCAAGGGCUCCCAAGCCAGCCUCACUCUCCUACACCUGUAUGGGCUAUCAUUAUGUAGCCAUCACUAUCAAUAAAA